AUGAAAAAUGUACAGAAAUUUGCUUACUUUAUGGUUUUGGAUUUCGAAGCAACUUGUGAACAAGAUAGAAAAAUUCCAGUUGCUGAAAUUAUCGAAUUCCCCGUUCUCAUGAUAAAUGCUUCUACAUUGCAAACUGAGGCUAUUUUCCAUCGCUAUGUUCGUCCUACUGUUAAUCCAACAUUAAGCGAUUUUUGUACAGAACUCACUGGUAUAAUACAAUCCAUGGUAGACGAUCAACCGGAUUUACCGACUGUACUCAAAACGUUUGAUUCAUUUUUAGAUGAGAAUAAUUUAAAGAUAAUUCCGUAUCAGUUUGCUUUUGUGACGUGUGGUGACUGUGAUUUAAAAACAAUGUUACCAAGGCAAUGCAAGGUUCUGGGUAUAGAUGUUCCUGACUACUUCAAACAAUGGAUAAAUUUAAAACAGAAUAAAACUAAUUUCAAAAUCACCUGA